AUGAGGUUGGUUUCUGCUCUCGCUGUGGUAAUACUCCACGUUGCGGGCGCUCUCGCCUCGACAUGUUGCAACCAGCUUCAACAACAACUCGGCGAUAACCUCAGUUUUCCCAAUGAUGCGACAUAUAACGCCACGGUGUCUAGCUUUUGGUCAAUGCAAGAGUCUGGACUGCGACCAGCCUGUGUGCUACGACCUGCCACCGUCCUAGAGGUUUCCAAGGCCUUGGAAAUUCUCAGCGGCAAUGUCGAAUGCGAGUUUGCCAUCAAGGGAAGAGGUCACGCUCCAGCAGCAGGAUUUGCCAACGUGAACGGCGGGGUUCUGAUUGACUUGGCGACCUUGUCUUCUGUAUCCCUCAACCAGGACUCAUCAGUGGCAAGUGUCGGCGCUGGCGCAAAAUGGCUCGACGUCUACCAGCACCUCGAUGGGUCCGGAGUGCAGGUAGCAGGUGGUAGGAAUGGCAACGUCGGCGUUGGUGGACUAUUGCUGGGCGGAGGAAUAUCGCAUUUCACUACCAAAGUUGGCUGGGGUAGCGAUAACGUCGUCAACUAUGAGAUUGCACUGGCCAAUGGAACGAUCAUCAACGCAGACAGGACUCAUUAUUCAGACAUGUUCCACGCGUUAAAAGGAGGAGGUAACAAUCUCGGCGUCGUCACACGAUUCGAUCUUGCGACGUUCCCACAAGGCGAUAUAUCCACAACGACCAUCACGUACAACAUAUCUCAGAGGGCUGACGUCUUUGAAGCAUUUACCAAGCUACUUGAGUCACCCAAGUACGAUCCAUUGGCGUCGCUAAUAACCAGUCUCCUCUAUCGUUCAACAACCAAAACAUGGACAUUGAGUUCCUCUGCAGUCUAUACUAAGCCAGUGACCCAGCCCGCAUUUUAUGCCGAUCUCUUUGCAAUUCCGCAUGAGACUCUAGUUAACAAUAUAACGUCCUUGGCAGAGUAUGCGGAUGAGAAAGAUACAUUUUCCUUUAAUUGGAAUUUCGCGACGACAACCCUGAAGCCAUGUGCCGAAAAUUUGCAAAAGAUGUUCGACACUUUAAAUGAUACAAUUUACUCUUUCAACCCAGAAGGUGGCGUGACUUGGAGCAUCGCCCUCGAGCCUUUGGUUGCAGCCAUGUUACCAAAUUCCGGAGAUACAAAUAUACUUGGUUUGGAGCGUGCGUAUCCUGGCUUUGUUGUCCUGAUCUCCGCUCUGUGGCCAAAUUCGACUGCCAACUCCGAGGUCGAAGCCAAAGCUCAAUCGGUUUUGUCGGCAUGGGAGGCCGAUGCCAAGUCAAAGGGGCUUUUACAAGAUUUCCAAUAUCUCAAUUACGCUGCUCCUCAUCAAAAGCCGCUACACUCCUAUGGCAAAGAUGAGUUUGACUUUUUGAAAUCAACUAGCGAGAAAUAUGACCCUGGAAGGAUUUUACAAAGGAACGUAGGAGGUUUCAAGCUUUAA